CAACUUUCCUUCCCUGCUAAGUCCGGGUAGAGUGCGGUUCCGACAUAAGGCAGGCCCUGGUGGCGGGUCCGGUCGAUCCGAAGCACAAAGGCAGCGAGGCGGCGGGCUGGGCGCGGGCGAGCGCUCUGCUCUGUGCUUGCCACAGUAAACCGCGGAGUUAGCGGAUUUCUUGUUCCGCAAGAGGCUGGGCUCCCGAGCGGACCGUCACCUACCCGCCCCUGGCUUCUCCCCCAAGCCAGGGAGCCGGAGAGCGAGUUGGAGACCUGGAAUGAAGGUCCCUGGAAGAGAUGGAGGGAUGCCCUCGUCCGGGGCGCGGGAAGGCCGAGAUGACUGUCCCUCUCCGCCAGCAGCAGCAGAAUCUACAGUUCAUAAUGGAGCUACUGUACUGGCUAUCGGAAGGAGGAGAUUCAGAAGAUAGGGAGAUUCAGCUGUCGGGGUUUGAAACUUCCUGUGGUCUGUUCAAUCUAGACGCAAAGGACCUGAAACAGUCAAGUGCUCAAGAGGACUCUGCAGAAGUCCCCUGCAGGAGAAGGGAGCUCUGGGCCUCGUGUCUGCGACCGAAGGCAGCUAGUUGAACCUCCUUAGAAGAGAAAAUCAGGUUUAAAAUGGACCUCCUUUUAGUUCAGAGUUUAUUAAGUGAUGACUAUAUUGUGAUAAUAUCCUGAUAGUUUCCUUUUCUUCUUUAUCCUAUUGCUUCUUCUUCCUUUUUUAUAAAAUGCCUAAGCUAAAACCUUAAUUCUAAAAGAAUCUCUAGUCAAAACUGUGGAGUCCUUAAUUAUUCUGAUUUUUUACAAGGUUUUAUUGAUUUAUUUGAGAAAGAGUGAGAGCAUG